AUGAAUGCUCCCGUCUUCAAAGAAUAUACUCUAUUGCUCAGUCAAAAUGGCACGUUGGAGGUCUGUUUCGAUAAGCAGGUCUCCUAUGGAUCUGGUUAUUGGCUGGAAAAUUCCUUACAAGUCACCAUGCCUCUGUUUUCUCUGCAACUCGCUAUAAUUUUAUCAUUGAAUCGCCUCUGCAUCCUUGCCUCAGCACCGUGGCACUUGCCUCGUAUUGUCACUGAUAUUUUUGCUGGGUUUUUGACUAGUCCAGCUGUUCUGGGUCGCUCUCCUUUUUAUGUCAAACACAUAUUCCCUUUCAGUAGUAUGAUGGCAUUGGAAACCGUGGCAGCUUUGACCCUUGUUUACUAUAUGUUCUUGAUCGGUUUAGAGUUUGAUUUGAGACCGAUAAGGCGUUCUGGGAACAAGAAGGCUAUAAUUGUAGCCACUGCUGGUAUAAUCUUCUCUAUUCCUUUUGGGAUUGGAUUGUAUUACCUGCUUCUCUCUGACUUGGGACGCAAGCACUUGUCUCCUACGAUAACUGGAACGAGACAUUUCACCGGUGCUAUGAUAUGGGGAAUGACCCUUUCUUGCAGCGAGUUCCCUGAGAUCGCGAAGAUUCUCACGAGCCUCAAGCUUGUUCUCGACGACAAUGGACAAUUGGCUUUAACCUCUGCUCUCAUCAACGACGUCUUCUCUUGGAUCUUCCUUGUAAUAUCAAUAGCAGCACUCCAUGGAGCUUCAGGAGCAUCCAUCGCCUCCACCAUUGUCUUUCUUUUAAUAGGGAUCUACGUGGUUCAUCCCCUUGCCCAGUGGCUCUUCCAGAAAGUUGGCACAAAGGACAGAGAUUUGAUUGACGCUCAAGUUGUGUUUCUCUUGCAUAUGGUUUUGCUCUUUGGAUUCCUCGCCGAUGGAUUCGGAGCUCAUUCCAUCACAGGGGCUUACGUUUUAGGAGCUAUCACCCCAAAGGGUAUAAUCUCAAAGGCGGUUCAGGAAAAAGUGCUUGAUUUUGUGACAGCAUUCAUGAUGCCAGUCUUCUUUGCGGUUCUUGCGGAGAGAAUCCAUGUCGAAGACUUCGCCUUGGGCAUCCAUUGGAUAAGCGUUGUGGUGAUUGUUUUGCUGGCUUUCAUGGCCAAGAUUUUGUCCACUCUAGCCGUCUAUAUGCUCCACAGGCUGCCUCUCAAGGAAGGCAUCUCUCUUGGAGUACUCAUGAAUACCAAAGGAAUAGUGUCAAUCAUCAUUCUUUCCACCGGCAGGGACAUGCUGGCACUGAACGACCAAACCUUUGGGGUUAUGCUUCUGAUAUGCUGGAUAAUGACGAUUCCCGCGGAGCCUGUCUUAGCCGCCAUAAGCAAAUUCACGAGUCCCAGUAUUGGGAGUAGCCUACGUAGGACCAUGCUGGGGACAAGACCGGACAUGCCGCUCAGAGUGCUUGCCUGUGUCCACACAUCACGCGACGCCAAUGUGAUUGUCAGUCUGUUGAAGGAAUCGAACCCAACGGUUAAAUCCCCAAUCCAGGUUUUCGCGGUAGAGCUUGUGAAGAUGACAAGCCGCCCCACCACAGCACUAAUCCUAGAUGAUGCUCAUAAGCAAGUAAUGGAGUCCAAAUCUAAGAAAGACCUCUUGCGAGGUCUCAAUCCAGACGGCAACAACAAGACAGGGACAGAAGAUAGCCUUGAGUGCUUCGAAAACCUUAGCCAAGCUAUAUUCGCUGAGAAGUUAAGGGUCGUGUCUGAUUACAACACCAUGCACAAAGACAUGUUCCAUCUAGCGAAGCAAAAAGGAGUGACACUCAUGCUAACCACACUUUACAAACAACCGACAUACGAUGGUUUAGGUGCAGGCACAGCCACAGCUAGAGCUGCUAACAUAGUGAACAGAGAAUCUUCGAGCAAGGAUGAGAAAAAAGUAGUGCUUGAGAACCUAGUGAAGGAAACACCAUGCUGUCUGGGGAUAUUCAUAGAUCGUGGGUUAGGCCAAAAGCGAGGCAAAGAGCAGAAAUUGGCAAUGUUCUACGUGGGUGGGGCAGAUGAUCGUGAAGCAUUGUCGUACGCAUGGAGGAUGUGUAGAAGCCCAAACACAAAAUUAACAGUGGUAAGGAUCAUCUGGGACAAUCCCAGUGACGGAUUUGAUCAAACAGAUGAAGAGUACCUAACAUUCUUCAAAAUCCAAACGAGAGACAUGGGGGGAUCGGUGAAGUACAUAGAGAAAGUGGUGAGAGACGAGAAGGAGACGUUGGCGUUGCUGAACAGUGUGGGAGACAAUGGGUACGAUUUGUACAUAGCAGGGAGAGGGCAAGGAAGGAGGAUGUCGCUGGCACAAACGCUUGACCCUGUGCUGGAGGAGCCGGCGUUGGGGCCACUCGGCGAUACGUUGGCGGAUUUGAAUUCUGCGGCGGAGACUUCGAUUUUGAUAUUGCAGUCGCAAGCUAGCGGUGAUGGGAAUGCGGAGCCAGCGCCGUCUGAGUAUGCUUAUUUUGAAGGACACGGCGAUCUAAUGCUGCGUGGAGGGCGUAUGGCAUGGCGGGCUUCUGAUUUUAAUUGA